AUGCAUGCAACUGGAUUUUCAACUAUUCUCAUCAGUUCUUCGUAUUUUACUCUCUUGCUAAACUUGGAACUUUCGCUGGGCCGUAUCCGAUGGAGUGGUUGGAUUCACCAACAGUUAAACUGCUCAGAUUUAUCCCCACACGUUACACUGGAACUUCUCUUAGAAGAUGGUGUCGAGGCAAGACAAUCAUCUUGGAAUAGGAAUGAAAUAAUGCCUAAUAAUCUGGUGUUCCGCAUACGACGAGACCAUGAAGCUGCUGUGCUACGUUUGACGAAGAUAGCCCCUCUAAAAACAAUAGCCUGUAGGAAAGGGGGAAACUACCCUUUAAAACAUACUGCAGAGAAGGGUCACAUGCAAAUUGGUUUACGGUUGAUUCACAUAGAACCUACCACAGAUGGAGUCCAUGAGAUCAUACGACAAGAGACUUUGGGACAAACAUAUCAAGAUAUGCAAGAGGAACAUAGUAGGCAUCACAGAUACAAAAGAUCGCUUAGAACAUACACUAUAGAAGUUUGCCUCAUCGCUGAUUACCAAACCUUCUUUAAGUUCUUGGAAAGGAACAAAAAUGAUUCGACAAAAGCUGAAGCUGAUAUGAGAAACUACUACGCCUUUGUAGCAGAAACGAUAAAAGUACGAUUUCAACAUAUAAAUGAAAUUGAAGGAACCAUUGCAUUUAAUAUUGUUUUUUCUGCUCUUAUCAUAAUAGAGAAUAGACAAGAUUCUUCGUACACUGAACCUUUUCAAACAGAUGGUGAUCUGGAUGUUGGUGAUGCACUAAAUGCAACUCAAUUUUGGUUAGAAUCCCCUCCGUCUGGAAUAGUGCUUCCGCCCAGUGAUCACUACAUGUUCUUUACUGGAUACAAUCUUCAAAAGAAUGGAAUAGAUAGUAGUUUAGGAAGAGCCUUUACAUCAACUGUCUGCAGAGCAGAUGCAUAUGUUUUCCCCGACAGCACUGUAAGACUGAAGGGAAGUACCUCUAUAGUGGAAGCCAACCAUAUAGCCCUGACAACAUUGAUAGCUGCACACGAAUUGGGUCAUGCACUGGGCGCCCUUCAUGACUCCGGUGUGGGAUGCAAUGAUACAAAUCGGUACAUCAUGGCAACAUCAAGUGGUCCUGCUAGAAAUAUAACAAAUGCCAGGCAUAUUUGGCAAUUUUCAACAUGUUCUGUUCGUGAUAUGAAAACUUUUGUUGAAAGGGACGAUGUUGAUUGUGUAAACGAUAAUCGUUAUGGUGAGAAUUUCACAGCGACUCAAAAAUCUGGCCAAUACUAUACUAAGGACACUCAAUGUAAAAUACUAAAAGAUGAAGAUUCCAUAUUUUGCGAAGCCUUUUAUGUGAAUGACAAAGACAAAAUAUGUUAUUUAGGCUACUGUCGAUCACUAACUCUCCCGGACGGAAGGUUUUCAUGCUCUUCAGUCAUGUUGAUGGAAUAUACAACGUGCGACACAAAUAAGAUAUCAGAACCUUGUGUUAUUACUAAUGACUGUAAUGAAUGCAGUAUCAUUGGAUAUGUAUAUCAUGCUGUUAAUAGUGUGAUAUAUUGGGAUGAGGGGGAAGUGGAUGCUAACAAUUCCGCACCGAUUUUCGUGAACGUACCAACGUCAGCCGUAGAGGUGCUAUCAAAUGUACAGGGCGUUAUUUUUACAGCACAGACAUUCGACGCUGAUGGUGACACGCUUACUCUUCAUAUAACCUAUGAUCCACAGCUAGUAUCCUCGUAUCUCAGCUUCGAUUCCAUCACAAAACGGUUUUCAGUUCGCCAAGGAUCCAAUUUAGCCGACCUUCAAUUGAACAAUUUUAGUUUGAUCAUGUCUGUGGAUGACGGAUUACUGCUGUCCCUGCCAGUCAAUGUUGAUUUUCUGAUCAUCCCCAGCAAGCCUCCUGCCUUCACAGAGGCGUCUUACAAUCUCACUGUCUCUGAAGGCGAAGCUGGAUUCAUCGUUGUGUCCACGUUACUUAAUAGGGUGACGGAUCCGGAUUCAACGCAGUUCAAUUUCAAACUCUUGGCUACCACCAAUUCAGACUACUUUACAAUUAAUUCUUCAUCAGGACGGAUCACCUACGCAAAGGAUUACGACUACGGUCCAAUGCGGUUGCCGAACAAUGUCAAAUUGUCAGUUGAAGUUAAAGACGAAAGUGGAUUAACAGCUUCCGUCGAUAUAUUUUUGACUAUUCUAAACAUAAAUCAACCACCAGUUUUUCAAAACCUGCCGAUUACUAAAUCUGUACCAGAAAACACAGCAGGGGGGACGUCUAUUUUACAAGUUACUGCGCAAGAUCCAGACGGUGACACUAUCACUUUCUCUCUUCAAUCAUUCGUUCCUGUUAACCAAAACCUAUUUAUUGUCUCUUCUGCUGGCGAAGUCAGGGUAAAAACAGGUGCAAUAAUUGAUUUUGAAAGUCUACCCCAAACGAUUUACCUAACUAUCGCUGCAUCUGAUGGAGAGGUUUUGUCCAAGCCUGCAAACCUGACCCUGUUGAUCACCAACGUCAAUGAACCUCCAUCAUUCAACGAAUCCCGUAUUACCUUUAAUGUUCAAGAAGGACUGAAAAACGCUGUCUUGGUUUCCACCCUCCUCCCAUAUGUUACUGAUCAGGACUCCAGUGAUACUUUCACCUUUACAAUCAUACCAUCUCAAAAUUCAAAUUAUUUCAAAAUUGACCAAUCAAGUGGGAAAAUAUCAUAUGCUGUAGAUUAUGACACCGAUCCAGAACGAUUACCAAAUAUAGUCGAACUGACAAUAAGAGUAACCGAUAAAGGCGGUUUAAAAGACACCAUUAAAAUACGUUUAAAUAUUUUAAACAAAAACCAAAGUCCUGUAUUCACCAACCUACCAGCAUCUCGUACCAUCGAUGUUGACUUUAACAGUGGAGUAUUUUUCACGGUUUCUGUAACUGACAAAGAUUCAGAAGAUACUUUGACUAUCUCUCUAGGUUCCUCAGCAUAUUUUACUUUCGAUGAAAAUGGUAAUACUGUAAGGUUUAAAGGACGUCAAGGUCUAACAGCAACUCAAAAUUACCAGUUGAGUUUCAGAGUAACGGAUGGACAACUGUCUACUUCGGCCAUUUUAACCGUGACAGUUGUUGUAGAAGACACUACUACAGCUGUUUAUACUGAAUCGUCAUCAACCAUCUCAUUAGAGAAAUCAUCAACCGCAACAAGAGAACAACCAACAGAGCAGGAAACAACCCAAUCGACAGGGGAACAACCAACACCUCAAUCACCCCCGGUUAUCGAGAACUGGGAAAUAUGGACAAUCAUUAUAGUAAUAGUUGUGGUGUUCAUGGUUAUGGUGUUACUAGUGUUGUGUAGAAAAUUAAACAGAUCAAAAGUUCAACAAAACACUUAA